GAGCUCUCAGUGAGCAAUCAUCAUUUAGUGUGUUUGUCAUCCAAUCUACUCAUUUCGUUUUCCAAUUUCUUUCUGGUUAGUCUUCGAUUACAAUCCAAUCCAAUUUGAAUCAUGUCCGGACGUGGAAAAGGUGGUAAAGGUCUUGGAAAAGGUGGUGCCAAACGUCAUCGUAAAGUUCUUCGUGAUAAUAUCCAAGGUAUCACAAAACCGGCUAUUCGUCGUCUUGCUCGUCGUGGUGGUGUCAAACGUAUUUCCGGCUUGAUCUACGAAGAAACCCGAGGUGUACUCAAAGUUUUCCUCGAAAAUGUUAUCCGUGAUGCUGUUACAUAUACUGAACAUGCAAAACGUAAAACCGUAACCGCCAUGGAUGUUGUUUAUGCACUCAAACGACAAGGACGUACAUUGUAUGGUUUCGGUGGUUAAUCACAUGAUCCCGAUUGAAUUAAUGAAAAUAUCUACUAGCCUCAUUAUCAUCACCAAAAAAAAUCCUCUCAAAAUGGUGAAUCAAUUGAAA